AUGCCAACUGUAUCAAUUUCAAGUUCACAGUUUCUGAUCGAGCAACAGAUAAAUUUGACAAAUUGCCGAAACGAAGUCUACAUCUGCGUUAAGCCAGCUCCGAUGGCGGAAAGCAGUGGGAAGUAUGAAGACGCGAAAACUUUUGCUGAGAUGUUACGGAAUACGUCGUCGAAUAUAAGGAGGUUAGCUGAUGAGAUACAGCAGUGUGAGGGGCGGCAGAAGUAUCUUGCACAGACUGGAAGCCCGUCGGAUGGGGGUGAUGUUAGAUGGUACUUUUCAAAGGUGCCAAUGGCGGAAACUGAGCUAGCUGCUGCUGUCCCAAUUACGGAAGUAGUAGGGAAAGGUGAUUAUUUUCGAUUUGGUAUGAGAGAUUCUCUUGCAAUAGAGGCAUCAUUCUUGCAGAGAGAAGAGGAGUUGCUCUCAAAUUGGUGGAAAGAGUAUGAUGAAGAAGAGAGAGUUGGUGUCCCUGUGAAAGGAGGCUUGUAUGAGGUAGACUUAUUAAGAAGACAUAGCUUUCCUGUUUAUUGGAAUGGAGACAAUCGGCGUGUUCUAAGAGGCCAUUGGUUUGCUCGUAAAGGGAGUCUUGAUUGGCUUCCACUUCGUGAAGAUGUUGCUGAACAGUUGGAGUUUGCUUAUCGUGGCAAGGUUUGGCACCGAAGAACAUUUCAACCAUCUGGAUUAUUUGCAGCCCGGGUUGAUAUGCAAGGGUCUACCCCAGGGCUGCAUGCUCUUUUUACUGGAGAAGAUGAUACAUGGGAGGCUUGGCUAUAUAUUGGCUUAUCCGGAUUUGGUAGCAUGGUUAGUUUUGGAGUAACUGGACUUAAGUUAAGACGUGGGUAUGCUCGAUCACAAUCAGCAAAGCCAACCCAGGAUGAGUUACGCCAGAAGAAAGAGGAAGAAAGGGAUGAUUAUUGCUCACAGGUCCCAGUUCGUCAUUUGGUAUUCAUGGUUCAUGGCAUUGGUCAAAGUUUACAGAAAGCAAAUUUGGUUGAUGAUGUUGGCACUUAUCGCCAAGUUACAGAAAGUCUUGCUGAUUUACACCUAACAAAUUAUCAGCGUGAAUCCCAAAGAGUUCUUUUUAUUCCAUGUCAGUGGAGGAAGGAUUUAAAGCUGAGUGGUGAAUCUGCUGUAGAAAGAUGUACAUUACCUGGUGUACGUGGAUUAAGGGUGACAUUGAGUGCAACUGUUCAUGAUGUGUUGUAUUACAUGAGCCCAAUUUAUUGCCAAGAUAUCAUUGACUCGGUUUCCAACCAAUUGAACAGGUUGUAUGUGAAGUUUCUUAAGAGGAAUCCUGGUUAUGAUGGAAAGGUUUCUUUAUAUGGUCAUUCAUUAGGAAGUGUUCUCUCUUAUGACAUACUUUGUCACCAAGAGAAACUUUCAUCUCCGUUUCCAAUGGAAUGGCUGUAUAAUGACCAUAAUACCCAUGAAAUUUCUCCCGAGGGAAAUUCAUCUUUGAGUUCAGGGAACGAGGAUUUAACUACAAACAACGAGGGUGUUUUGGUAAUUCCUCCUGCAAGUGUUGACACAGAAGCUAUGCUCCCUGAAACACAUGAUUUGGAUGAAUCCAGAAAUGACGAGGGUGUUUUGGUAAUUCCUCCAAGUGCUGACACAGAAGCUAUACUCCCUGAAACACAUGCUCAAGAGUCUGAGAAGAAUGAUGAUUUGAAUGAAUCCACAGGCAGCAAUAGUGAAACCAUAACAAAUCAAAUUGAUGAGGAAGUUAACAAAAAUGAUGAAGAUGUAGUAAUCAGAUCAUUGAAGGAAGAGAUUGAUAUGUUGAAUGCCAGAAUUAAAGAAUUAGAAUCACAGAGUGUCAAAGAAAAUAAGCAGGAAGCUUUAAGUAUGACAAAUGAAAGUGGCUCCAAGAGUUCUCAAUCUUUGAAAAAUGAAACAAUGAAAAGUUAUAGACCUUAUAUAAAGUACACCAAGUUGCUGUUCAAGGUUGAUACAUUCUUUGCAGUGGGGUCACCUCUUGGUGUAUUUCUUGCCUUGCGAAAUAUACGUAUUGGAGUUGGUAGAGGAAAAGAUUACUGGGAAGAUGAAACCAUAAAUGAAGAAAUGCCAUCUUGUCGCCAGAUGUUCAACAUUUUUCAUCCUUAUGAUCCAGUGGCAUACAGAAUAGAACCACUUGUAUGUAAAGAGCAUAUUGAUAGGCAUCCAGUCAUUAUUCCUUAUCACAGAGGUGGAAAAAGGCUGCAUGUUGGCUACCAGGAAUUUGUAGAACAAGUUGCAUUACGCUCUCAGGCUGUGGCUGACAACAUUAGCCACUUAAGGGUUAAAGUACUGACAGCAUGUCAAUCAAGGGACAGUGAUGGGCAAGAAGAAACAUCAGAGGAAGCUGAAGAAAGAGGGAGACCAUAUGGUGCGAUAAUGAUGGAGAGGAUAACAGGGAGUGAAGAUGGGAGAAUUGAUCAUGUUCUUCAAAAUAAAACAUUUGAGCAUCAAUACAUAUCAGCUGUAGGGGCUCAUACAAAAUACUGGAGGGACCCGGAUACUGCACUGUUCAUAUUGAACCACUUGUAUCGCAAUAUACCAAAAGAAGCAAAUAAAAAAAACACAAACAACACUACAAUUACAAAUCAGGAAAGUGCUGAAAAUUGGGAAGAGGUGUCUGAUGAUGAGCAGCUUCCUUUAACUUUCGCUGAUGACAAGUUGAUUAGGCAGUUCUCGGAUAAAGCCAAAAAGUUCACAGAAAACUGAAUCAUGCUGCUGACUUUCCCUCUUGAUCUGUACAUAAUGUAAAACCACAAGUGAAGGAACUUUCAAAUUUUGCUGAAGAUAAGAAACACAGAAAUACAAGAGUGUAUGUAGAAUUCUGACAGAUGGUGAAUAAAACGAUACAGAAAAAAAAAAAAGUUAGAUAAGAAAAAAAAAACCCAUUUGGAAAUGGAAGAAUGAAAUGUUGUAUUUUGUGCUUGAAAAGUUGUACGAUAGGUAGGGGUGAUGGGGUUGAGAGACUGGAGACCUAUAAGGAUUGAAUGUACUUGGAUAAAUGGUUGUAUUUUGUUGUGUUAGUUAAAUGGUUUCCAAAAAAGUUAGUUGAGAAAAUGAAUAAUGUAAAAUUUGACCCUUUUAGCUUAAAUUGUUUAGAAAAAACAUUCGUAUAAUUAAAACUUGAAGAAUGACAUAAAGAGAG